CCCCCCUUCUUCCCCCCCUUCCAGCCCUCCUUGCUCUCCCUCAGUCGCGGGCGGACUCGGCAGAGGCUACACGCGUGAAAUCUCCACCUGAUUUGGAAAAGCCCAAUUAGGCGUCCUUCACACAUUCCAUUUGGCUGCCGUGCGGUUCCGCUUCCGGUCCUGGUACCAGCCGGCGACUGGCCUCGACUCGGCUGCGGUACUUUGAAAAAGGAAAUCUUCUUUUUCUUCUUCUGCCUUUUUGUUUUUCCUCCGUUUUGAACAUUGUCUUCAUUCCCGUCCGCGACAUUCGCCAUGCGGACGCUUGGGAGGCGCGCUGACGCGCGCUCGGCUUGGCUGUUGCUGCUGUGGCUGGCGCAGGCCGCCGCCGACGUGCCCGAGUUGCGCGAGAAAGACGCCCUGUGCCACCCGCGCGGAUGCCUGGCCGUCUUCACGCAGCGCAGAAGCUUCCGGGAGGCCGGGCGCGGUUGCCGGGAGCGGGGCGGCACGCUGGCCACGCUGCAAGACCGCCGGACCGCCGACGCCGUCCACCGGCUCCUGGCGGGCGUCGAGCCGAGCGGCGCCCGCCCGCGCCUGCGCCUCUGGAUCGGCCUGCAUCGAGCGCCGCGCCAGUGCUCCGCCUCGCGCCCGCUGCGGGGAUUCGUCUGGGUCACCGGUGACCAGGAGGGUCAGUUCACCAACUGGCUGCGCGAGGAGGCGGCGGGCGCGUGCGCGGCGCCCCGCUGCGUGGCCAUGACGGUGAAUACGGCAGACGGCGCCCGCCUCAACAGCGAUGACGACGCCGCCGCCGGCAACUUCAAGUGGCUGGACGGCUCGUGCGGGCUGGCGCUGGACGGCUUCGUGUGCCAGUACCCCUCCGGGGGCACGUGCCCGCCCCUGGAGGACGAGGGCCAGGGCCCGGCCGUGUACUCCACACCCUUCCGGCUGAUCAGCCGGGUUCUGAGCCACGUGCCGUUGGGCUCGGUGGCCGCCCUUGCGUGUCCGGCCGAGCGGCGGACGGCCGUGUGCGCGCGGCGAGACGACGGCUCGGUGGGCUGGUACCCGGAGGCCCCCCUGUGCGGGGCGCCCCCCCGGGACCCUUGCGGCGCCGGCGACCACGGCUGCCAGCAGCACUGUCAGAACACCGACUCGCACUACUACUGCUACUGCUCGGAGGGAUACGCCCUCGCCGAGGACGGCUACAACUGUGAGCCGGAGCCCGCGGUCCCCACCGACCCUCCGGAGCUUUCCUCUUCAGACGGCGCUUCGGCCGAGCCCGGCGUGCCGCCGGACGUCAAAGCGGCGUGCGUGGCCGCGGGCUGCGAGUACGACUGCGCCGAGACGUCUCGGGGGGUCCGCUGCACGUGUCCUCCGGGCUACCAAAUGGGCCCCGACGGGCGGCGCUGCUCCGACGUGGACGAGUGCCUGCAGCGGCCGUGCCCGCAGGAGUGCGUCAACGUGCCCGGGACCUUCCACUGCGCGUGCCUCGCCGGCUAUCGAGCCGACGACGAGGGCGAAUGCGUGGACGUGGACGAGUGCCAGGACGAGGGCAGCUGCGAGGGCGACUGCCGCAACACCCAGGGCUCCUAUUCCUGCGCCUGCCGCCGCGGCUACAGGCCGUCGGCCGACGGCGCGUGCCGGGACGUGGACGAGUGCGCGGGGGCGUCGCCCUGCCAGCAGCGGUGUCUCAACUACGCGGGCGGCUACCGCUGUUCCUGCGACGACGGCUACGAGCUGCGGGCCGACGGACUCGGCUGCCGCCCGGCACCCGCCGACGCGGCGUACUCCACGCCUGCCCCGGAGGUCACCGACCCGGCCCACCUGCCGGACCGGGGCCGCGACGGCCCGCGCACCGCUCGGCCCGGCCUUGACGCGCAGCGGCUGACGGGCGCCCCCGAAGACUCCGGCGAGGGCCCGAACACGCGGGACGCCCCUUGGUCCGGGCGGUACCCGACGCAGCGGCCGCCCGAGACGGGGCGGAGCGACGGCGAGGGAGCCCGCCCCUCGGCCGGAGGGCCAGAAGGCGGCGGCGACAAGGGCAAGCAUGACAAGAGCUGGCUGCUGGUGGCGUUGCUGGUCCCGCUGUGCGUCUUCCUGGUGGUGAUGUUGGCGCUGGGCAUCGUCUACUGCACCAGCUGCGCCGCUGACAAGAGCGUGCGCCUGACGCAAUGCUGCCACUGGAUCCUCCCCGCGCCCGACCCCGACAGCGCCCGCUCCAAGGGACGCUGAAGGGAACGCCGUCCCGUGACGUGCGCGGUCACGUCUGGCAUCCGCGGCGUGCCGAACACGCGUCGCAUGACGAUGUCUCAUGAACAGGUCACAGGAGCACAUGCCCGCGUCACGAGGUCAUCCCGCAGGCUCGCCCGACGAGGUCGGAAUGUUUCUUUGUCAUGCAACGGGGUCACGUGAUGUGGUCAGGUGACACGCUCAUGGGUCACGAUGGUAUGACCUCGCUCACGUCCCGACAUCGGUCCCGACACGCGGCGCGGUCGCGCGGCAUCGGCCUCUCAACAUUAGACAUGGUCGUGGCAGUCACGCCGCAAGACUGUGCGACAUCACAUGGUCAGGUGGCGUGGUCGCGCCGGUCAUGUGACAAUUGCUCAUGUGACCUGGUCACGUGACCUUGUGGCGAUGUGACGUGCUUAUGAGACAUCAGUCAUGUAGCAUGGCGGUGUGACAUCGGCCAUGACGGAUUGCUCAUGAGACACAUGGCCAUGUGACAUGGUCUUCACUCAGCCUUACUUUCUGUCUCUCGUGCAACUUUUGUAAAUGCAUCACUUCCAUUCCACUUUGAAAAACAAUAAAAGUCACUUCAACAAA